AACAAAUCUGACCGAGUGAUACGAGGACAGAGUGUACCAUUUACUAUUGUAGCAAUGUUAUCCUGGUGAGUUUGCAAACAAGGUAAAAACCUACUGAAAAAACUUAACUAGAUCUCAAGGAUCAUUAUGAAGCUCGGUUGGAUAUAAGAAAUUAAACAAACGUGUAAUUCACGGAAUGUCUGAUAAUUGCCGUGUGUCAGAGGCCCUGUACGUGGGCCUUUGUCGUUAUAUAGGGACACCAACAGAAUUGACCGUCAGGAGGGAAGUGGUGGACAUCUGUGAGAUGAUGAAUAAACCUGUACAGAUAUGUAAAGGCAUAAUACAUAUGGUUAGUGGUAGUUAUAGGGAAGGUUUCAGGUUUUAUGAAUCUUCUGACUUAGACAUAAUGUACUGGCCUGUCAACCAUGAAGUCUUAACCGACCUAUCACAGUCCAGUGUUAAUGCCCUGCCUGGACAUUCAAAUAUACUCAUGGAGGACACGGAUACACCACCGGGGUUUGUCAGACUACGGCCUCUGUUGUCAUUAGGAUUUCACUGUAUUGCUAAGGCAGUUGUUAGUCUCGGUGACAGGUUGUAUAUAUCGAGUUCCAGAUGGAGAAAAAUCGGGAUGACUGUGAUGAGUGAUUUAAAAACUUUUCACACAAUAACAAACCAUGGUCCUUGUGCCACUGGUUUCAUUGGAGAUGUAGAACAUGACAUUGCUCUUUGUUUUCAUUGUCACCAUUGGUCACGGUUGACAUGUUAUUGGAGUAAAAGAUGCACCCUGCAUAACUGGCCCCCAAACCACGUGUUUGAUGAUAUUCUAAGAAAUGGUUGCCAUAUUGUGUCUGUCGGGAGUAAAAUGGCAGCUGCUGAAAAUGAACUGGAAUGGAGAUUGUCAUUUUCUCAUGCAGAGCAAAAACUAGUCUAUGCAAUGAACCACACGCAGUUUUUGUGCUAUGGGCUUUUAAAGAUAUUUCUGAAAGAAGUAAUCAACCACACCGUAGAAGAACCAUUUUUGUUCAUAUUUUGCGAAGACAACGAUGUUCUGGUGAAUACAAAUAGGACAUAUAACCUGGUGUCCAAAUAACUUACUAGAUUGUUUCUGGAAAUGUUUCAAAUACUUAUUACAUUGCGUACAUGAUGGUGUAAUGCCAAAUUUUUUCAUCCCACAGAACAACAUGUUUAUCAGCAAAUUGUCCACAGUUAAAGGUGCACGCACAAGACAGUGUCUGUUAGAACAACUUAGCAUGUAUUACGAAAUGGGCGUGAACUGUUUGCUUCAAAGUCCGACGAUCAGAAAGAUCAUUGGACCAAUUAUAUGUAACAGUCCGGUCUGAAUAAUACCACUUCAAGGUCAUGUACGAAAUACCGCUGAUAAGGAUGAAAGAAUCAAAAUCGAAAUAUGUAGAAUAGCUACUGACGAUCAAAUUAUCAUAGGAAGCAGUUAUCUUUGUCUGAAAACUAUGCUUAAUUUAUUACAUUCAACAAGUUCAGUUUAUCAGAAAUUAACGUUGCAGAAGUGGUUAGCGGAUGUUCUUGUAAAUUUCAAACCAUGGUACUUGCAUUUCGAAUGUUCAUCAGAUUGUGCAAAUAAGGCCGUGUACAAAUCAGACAGACUUAUUUGUAACAUGUUGAAGCUGGCAGGUAGAGUGGGUGAUGUGUCUUGCUUGUUGUAUCUUGCUUUGUACUACUACAGAACAUGUAGAUAUAGAGAGGCGCUUCAUGUUACAACUGUAGUUAAAGCAAAGCUAGCACAGCCCUAUAUCAUGUAUCACACAGUAGACAAAGACAAAUACAAUGAAAUUGUAGUGGGAUGGUCUCUGUCUAAACGUCUAAAGAGGGCUUGGGCAGAUACUUUACGUUUCCAUAAUUAUGGACAUGUUUAUAAAAUCCAAGAACUUAUUUUAGAACAGAAAGUAAGCAAAGAAAACGGUGAACCAGUCAUUUAUAUUUCACCCUAUGUAGUGGCCGAGAUGUUAAGUGUGUUGUGCAACUACAGACUGGGUAACCGACCCCAGUGUCUACAGUCACUGACAGACCUACAAACACUGCUGCUCUAUGAUGACGGGAGAUACGUAGAUUUGGAUACUAGAGACAUCUCGUGGCAGAUACUGGGGAUCUGCCAGCAGGUUGUGGGGGACCUAAACUGGGCGUUAGAGUCUUAUAAACAGUCACUGAGACAGGAACCAUCGCACAAAAUACAGAAAGCCACACACUAUAGAAUAGCGCUUAUUCUGAAUCAAUUAAAUGGAGGGCAUUAGUCUUGCUUUUUUGUAGUGAUUUUUUUUGGUGGGGUAUUUUCAAACUAAUAUAUCAGUUAGAUUUGAUACAUUGCAAUUAAAAGAUAUUCGUUUUCGGUUUUUUUAAUACGGAACACUAUCAGUCAAGUAAGAAGAUAGAAAUUAAAUCUGUUUAGCAUACAUAACACUGUGUAUAUUUUUUAUCAUCUAUACAUUCCUGGGUAUACUGCAUUUUCAUCUAAUAAUAGAACGUACAUGAUUGAAUUUUUCUUUAAAUUCAUUUUUUUUUGUUUUUACAAUAACGAAAGUGCGCUAAAAUUGAAAUUACGACGUUUGCUCCUGGCCAAUAACAACUAUAUUACAGGAGGGACUAUUAAUACUAUCACCUUGUAGUCAGUCGAUUAAACCAUCGUACAAAUAUUACCAGUGUUUAAGGAACAUGUGACAGUCAUGCAAACCAAUCCGUUUUGAUAUGCAUUAAAUAUUUAUGUAUUUCUAAGAAAAUGUAAAUAUCUUGUUUAGUGGACAAGUAGAGUUUAAUACGAUUAGCAGCAUAUAUAUUGAUUGUAUUCAUGUUGCAUUACAUUGCAUUCAACCAUCCUAAAAUUUAAACAGUGUUUUAUCAUUGCUACAUGUAUAAUAAACAUGACUGAAUGCAUUUUGAAACUAAUUAUAUUAUCGAAUGAAU